AUGAAGGGAUUGCUCCCACUCUGGGUCAUCAAACUAAUGAUCAAGGACAUGCUUCAGUGUGAAUGUAUCCUGGACCAGGGCAUGCAAAUAUGUGUCAUGCAGGAGAAUGUCUGGAAAGACCUCAGAGCCCCUUUCAACCUGGACGAAGUAAUUUUGCUGGAGACUGCAAACACCUCAGUGACAAAGACAGUCAGGAAGCUGCCAUGUGUUCAGCUCCGCUUUGGGUCAGUCGUCAUUGCAGUACAAGUUCAGGUGGUACACCAUGCGCCAUUCAAAAAUCUCUUAGAGUGA